AUGCCGCUAACUGUGACCUAUCAGGCUCCUCCUCCCAUCCAAAGGAAAAUAUCUCCUGGGACUACCCCACACACACUAGUAGGACCUGUAGGGAGCGGAAAACACGGCGCGAAUGGCGGCGGAAAUGGCGGUGGAAAGCCAGGAAAGCCCGGACAAGGCCUCACCGUCUUAGGGUUUGUUCAACAGGCGCAGUUCGUGCAGUUCGUGCUUGACCCUUGGACCGCUCGAAUAUGCGCCGCGAGCGAGGGUGCAUGCGACGCGUUAGGUUACACUUUCGAGGAGCUAGAAGCGCUAACGCUAUGCGGUUUAGUUGACGGUUUGCCGUUACCGGAAUGGCUGCAGCUGGUUGCUCCCCUUGCGACCGGAGAGCAGCGCGGCGCGAAGCUCAACGCGGUGUUGAGACCAGGAAGCGGUGCAGGCGGGACGGGCGGAAGCGCAGCGGAAACCCGGGGGGAAGACGCGGGGGGAACCGAAAAUGAGGGUUUCGUUGGGGGGGACGGCAUUGGCCGGUCCAGUAGCCGAAGCAGCGGAGGAGGUUCGGAAGCAGCGGGGUUGUCGCUGGUUCGGCGGAAGACUUGGGGAACGGGAGCUGGCGGCGCGGGACGAGGCGGAAGCGGAAGCGGAGGGGGAGGCGGGGGAGUAAGGACGGGGGUUUCCGCGGGUGCGGAGGUUUCUGCGCUGAACGCGGGGCUGCGCACGAGCACGUCUGAGGACGUGCGGUCGUUCUCGUCCACGUCAGACAGCUUUUCUCGGGACGGGUUCGCGCAGAAUCAAAUAUUUUCGGAUGACGACGAUGACGAUGACGAGGACGACUAUGGCGGGGACGGGAUGCCACAGACGGGCUCCGGCGGCCCGGGCGCCUUGAGGUGCCUCUUAGUAGGCUCCUUAAACCACGGAAGCGGCUCGGAGCAGCAGGACGGAAGCGUGCGGGGCGGGCAGGGCGCAGAGGAGGGGAUUGGCGGGAAUGGCGGAAGCUGGGAAGUUGGCGCGGGCGGAAGCGGGGCGGAAUACAGGGCGGCGGGCAAUGGAGGGGAGUGCAAAGCGGAGAGUUUCGCGAGUGAAAGUGACUCUGAGGAGGAUUUCCCACUCGGGCGGAGAGGGGGAGCGGACGAGGAGCGGAUGGGGGGAGCGGAGCGGUUUGGGGGAAGCGGAACCACGGUUGGAGGGGGAAGAAUGGGGGGAGCGGGGGCGGGGGGGAAGACAGUGCGGGGAAUGGUGGCUAUGUCCCCCGAGAGGAGGUGGUGUGGGACGAGCGGAGGGGGAAGGGGGAAGGGAGGGGGGUCGUGGGGCGGAGAGAGGGGGUUUGUGGCGGAAGAAGGGGAAUUCGAGGCGGAGGGGGAGACGAGGGGGGAUGGGAGGGGAGAGGUGAGGGGAGAGGGAAGGGUGGAGGGGAGGGGGGCGGGGAGGAGGCAGGAAAGAAAGCAGGCGGAAGCUGUUUCUGUUGUUGGUGGUCGUGAUAGGGGUCAUGGUGGUGGGGGUGGUGAUGAUGAUGAGGAUGAUGAUGAGAUGUGUCUUGGCCCUACGAGGGCACAGACGCUGGGAAGGCUGUCUGAGAGGAAUGGGAGAAGAAUGAGAUUCAAAUCAGAGGGUGGUGGUUUCACCCACUCAUGGCUGGAUGACGUGCCGGACUCCCAUUGGCUCCCGGACCUGCACGUCCGGGCCCACCUGGACGAAGCAGGGAUAGGUCUGGCGGGGCUCCGCCUGGGAAGUGGCGAGCUGGUUCACUGCAGCGCUGCUCUGGCCGCCAUGCUGGGGCGAUCAGUGAACGCACUUGAGGGGUCUCCCCUGCAGAACUUCCUCAGCGCCCCUGCCAUUCGCAGCUUCCAGAGCUGGUUCGGCAGCAUCUCAGCAGCGACUCUGUCAGCACACGCACAGCACCUAUCACCACAUGCCACGUGGCACAGGCAGUCGCACCAUGACCUGCACGUCCUCAUGCCAGGAGGCAGCAUGCGGCGCAUUCGCCUCACAUGCCACGUGGCACCAGCAGCAGAUGCUGCAGCUGGUGUAAGGGGCGAUGACCCUCCCUCCAUGUUCAUGGCUCUCUUCUGCGACCUCUCUGCUGCUCUGCACGGCUCCAAGGAGGUGCGUGCAAAGCGGUGUGCUUUCAUUCUCCAGCACCUUCCAGCAGGAGUGGCGCACAUGCUUCCAGAGGAGAGAACCAGAGGGGGAAGCGGAGGGGGGGGGAGCGGCGGGGGGAGCGGCAACAGUGCUGGUAGUGGUAGGGGCGGCAGGGGGGAGAGGAGUGGUGGCAGCAGCAGCAACGGGGAUGAGGUGGUUAUUAACCCUCAUAUGGAGGCAAUUACGGGGUAUUCACGGGAGGAGCUGAGCACAGUGGAUUCGUGGUUCUCGCGCCUGUUCAGGGAAAGGGCAGAAGAGGUGCGGCAGAUUCUGGAAGCAGAUCGUGCAAUGGGGUUCAGGGAGUCGAGAACUCUGAGGAUGGUGCGCAGGGAUGGAGAGCCGCGGUGGCUGGAGGUGGCUGUGAGGGACUGUGGGGCGGGAGGGGGCGACCUGUGGGUGCGGCAGAUCCUGGAAGCGGACAGGGCGAUGGGGUUCCGGGAGUCGAGAACACUGAGAAUGGUGCGCAGGGACGAAGAGCCGCAGUGGUUAGAGGUGGCUGUGAGGGACUGUGGGGCGGGAGGGGGCGACCUGUGGGUGCGGCAAAUUCUUGAAGCGGACAGGGCGAUGGGGUUCAGGGAGUCGAGAACGCUCAGGAUGGUGCGCAGGGACGGAGAGCCGCGGUGGCUGGAGGUGGCUGCGAGGGACUGUGGGGCGGGAGGGGGCGACCUGUGGGUGGUGAGCGAUAUCACGGACCAUCUGAUCGUGCGGGAGAAGUUCCGGCUGCUCUAUGAAGCCUCGUCGGACGGCUACCUCGUAUUUGAUGACACAGGGAUCACGGAGUGCAACGACGCCGCCAUCCACUGCCUGCGCUGCAGCGACAAGAGCGAGCUCAUCGGGCGGCAUCCCGCGUACUUUUCCCCCGAGCGCCAGCCGGACGGGCGGCGGUCGGACGAGAAGGCCGUUGAGAUGGUGGCUCUGGCUACCGAAACGGGCAUGCACAAGUUUGAGUGGAUGCACAUGCGAAAAGAUGGGUCACUAUUCCCGGUAGAAGUCACCCUCUCUUUUCUCCAGCUAGAGCACAACCGCCCCAUGCACAUGGUCGUCUGGCACGACCUCUCGGAAAUCAAGCGCCAGGCACGGGAGCUGCAGGCAGCUAAGGAGGCGGCUGAGCGGGCGAACCAGGCCAAGAGCCAGUUCCUGGCGAAUAUGAGCCACGAGAUCCGCACCCCCAUGAAUGGUGUGAUCGGGGUGGCAGAGCUUCUCCUGGGCACAGACCUGACCGCAGAGCAGCGCUCCUACCUGGAGAUCAUCCGCUCCUCAGGAGACAACCUCCUUCGAAUCAUCUCGGACGUGCUCGACCUGUCCAAGAUCGAAUCAAAGAAUCUGGCGCUGGAGAGCAUCGAGUUCAACAUGCACCAGCAGGUGACGGAGGCUCUGGCGCUGCUUGAAGUGGUGGCGAAAGACAAGGGGCUAUUCCUGGAGUUGGAUAUCCAUGAGGAGGUGCCGGCGGUGGUGAUGGGGGACCCUGUGAGGCUGCGGCAAGUCCUGCUGAACCUCAUUUCCAACUCCAUCAAGUUCACUGAAACCCACGCAGGUAGAGCUGGGGGAGGUGGAGGAGGCGAGGAGGGAGAGCAGCAAGUAAGAGGCGGCAAUCAUCAUACUCCAUGCACACUCUCUCUUCCUCCUUGUUCUCUCCCUCUCCUCCCUUCCAUUCCCAGUGGCGGCAUCACUGUGAUUCUGCGCCUAGCCACGCAUGCAGAGCUGGGGGAGGUGGAGGAGGCGAGGAGGGAGAGCAGCAAGUGUAUGAGCGUGCAGCGGGGGGACGGGGGCGAGAGCAAGGAGAAGGGGGAGGGCAGCUCUGACAACCUGUUGACAUCAGCAGAGGGAGGAGCAGGAGUAGGAGGAGGAAAGACAGGUGGUGGUGGUGGUGGUGGUGGUGGUUCAGGAGGGAAGGGUGAGAAGGGUGAGAAGGGAGAGAAGGGAGAUAACGGAGCAAAGGGAGCGGUGAGAAGGAGAGAAGCAGCAGCAGAGUCCGAGGGGGGAGGGAAGCCAGAGAAGGUGGGGAAAGAAGCAGCAGAGGAGCAGCAGCAGCAGAGUGUGGUGGUGCGGUUUGAGGUGCGGGACACGGGAGUGGGCAUGGACGAGGCGGCCAAGGGGCGGCUCUUCAAGGCGUUCUCCCAGGCGGACAACUCCACCAGCCGCAGAUAUGGCGGCACGGGGCUGGGGCUCGCCAUUUGCAAAAGCCUUUGUUUCUUGAUGGGGGGAGACAUUGGCAUGCACAGCCAGGUGGGAGAGGGGUCGACGUUUUUCUUCUACGUGAGAAUGCAGCGCGUGAACCCCAAGGAGAGCGCCAAGCCGGCAGGGGAGAGUGCCACGAGCAGCGAUGCAGAGCCGCUGUGGGUGCAGCUGCAGCACAUACGCGUUCUGGUGGCAGAGGGGUUGUUGUCACAUCACGAGGGGGGUGUUGCCACGAGCAGCGAUGCGGAGCCGCUGUGGGUGCAGCUGCAGCACAUACGCGUGUUGGUGGCAGAGGUGAGGAGAGGAGGGAGUGAUUGUAUGUGUCACAAGACAGUGGAGAGUGCCACGAGCAGCGAUGCGGAGCCACUGUGGGUGCAGCUGUGGGUGCAGCUGCAGCACAUUCGCGUUCUGGUGGCCGAGCAACGCAAGCUGGCAGGGGAGAGCCCCAAGGUGGCAGGGGAGAGUGUGAGAUCUGUUGCCAUGUGGAGAAACCCACCCAUUCCCCCUUCGCCCCACCCUCACCAGUACAACAAGGAUAACAAGGUGAAUCAGAUGGUAGCGACGCGCAUGCUGCACAACCUGGGGCUCAAAUACGAUGUGGUGGAGAAUGGCAGGCUGGAUUGCCUGGCCGUGCAGGCUUGCUGUGAGAGAGUCUCACUCCCUCCCAACCCACCCCUCUGCCCAUCCCCCCAACCCACCUGCCACCAGGACAACAAAGUGAACCAGAUGGUAGCAACGCGCAUGCUGCACAACCUGGGGCUCAAAUACGAUGUGGUGGAGAAUGGCAGGCUGGAUUGCCUGGCCGUGCAGGCUUGCUGUGAGAGAGUCUCACUCCCUCCCAACCCACCCCUCUGCCCAUCCCCCCAACCCACCUGCCACCAGGACAACAAAGUGAACCAGAUGGUAGCAACGCGCAUGCUGCACAACCUGGGGCUCAAAUACGAUGUGGUGGAGAAUGGCAGGCUGGAUUGCCUGGCCGUGCAGGCUUGCUGUGAGAGAGUCUCACUCCCUCCCAACCCACCCCUCUGCCCAUCCCCCCAACCCACCUGCCACCAGGACAACAAAGUGAACCAGAUGGUAGCAACGCGCAUGCUGCACAACCUGGGCCUCAAAUACGACGUGGUGGAGAAUGGCAGACUGGCCGUGCAGGCGUGUGCUGACCGGCACUACGAUGUGGUGCUCAUGGUGGGUGGUGAUGGUGAUGGGGGAGUGUUUGUAGCACGUGCGCAUGGAAUGAGGGGAGAAUGGGAGGCUGGCGGUGCAGGCAUCCGUGUGUUGGGGGCCAUGCUGCACAACCUGGGGCUCAAAUACGACGUGGUGGAGAACGGCGGGCUGGCGGUGCAGGCGUGUGCUGACAGGCACUACGACGUGGUGCUCAUGGACUGCCACAUGCCUGAGAUGGACGGCUAUGAAGCCACCCGCAACAUACGGGCCAUGGAGGAGGAGAGACUCGCUGCCUAUGCUGCUGCUUGUGCUGGUACUGUUGCUCCUCCUAAUUCCUUCUCGUCAACGCCUUCCCCUCCCUCCCCUCUCCCUCCUCCCCACCAGGACUGCCACAUGCCUGAGAUGGACGGGUAUGAAGCCACCCGCCACAUACGCGCUAUGGAAGAGGAGAGACUCGCUGCCUACGCUGCUGCUGGUGGUGGCGAUGGACGGGACUGCCACAUGCCUGAGAUGGACGGGUAUGAAGCCACCCGCCACAUACGCGCUAUGGAAGAGGAGAGACUCGCUGCCUACGCUGCUGCUGCUGGUGGCGAUGGACGGGACUGCCACAUGCCUGAGAUGGACGGGUAUGAAGCCACCCGCCACAUACGGGCCAUGGAGGAGGAGAGACUCGCUGCCUAUGCUGCUGCUGGUGGUGCUGCCACUAGUGGCAGGGGCAGCAGUGGUGGUGGUGGGUACGCAAGGAGUGGCAGCAGGGGGGGCUACGGCAGCAGCACAGACGGAGACAUGAGUGAAGCGAGCUCACCCAGCCAUCCCCACAGCAGUAGCAGCUCCCGCACCCGCCGUUCCCACCGGCCGCGCCGGACGUUCAUUGUGGCGCUUACCGCAUCGGCUCUUAGCGAGGAUAAAGACUCGUGCAUGGCAGCGGGAAUGGACCAUUACUUAGCUAAGCCCAUUCGGCCACGGGACCUAGAGAGAGUGAUAAGAGAGGGGAUGGUGAAGAGGAGGAGAGAGUCUAUUAGUGAGGAGGUAGGGUGUGAGGGGAGUGAGGGGUCAUUGUCACCACAGAUGGCUUAUAAAGGGGAUGAGGGCCCGGUUCCGUCCUUUGGUGCUUGGGGCGGGCGAGACGUGCGAGAGUGGGGAGAGGGGCAGGGAGGCCAAGGGCCGGCACUUGAUCCAUUCAGAGGAGGAAACGAGGAAGGGGGGGAGGAGGAAGAGGAGGAGGAGGAGGAAGAGGAGGAGGAGGAGGAGGAGGAGGAGGAGGAGGAGGAGGAGGAGGAGGAGGAGGAGGAGGAGGAGGAGGAGGAGGAGGAGGAGGAGGAGGAGGAGGAGGAGGAAGAAAUGUGUACAGGGUCUGAGAGUAGAAGUAUCUACUGA